AUGGAUACAAAGGACGACACACAGAACAAGGACUUCGCCACUGCUUCGACUGAAAUCGAGCACAGAGACGGCACCCAUGUCACCUUCGAGGCUAUCGAUGAAGCCGAGGAGAGGCAAGUCGUGCGCAAGCUCGAUCUCCAUGUGCUCCCUCUGAUGACCUUGGUAUAUUUCUGCAUGUACUUGGACAAGCAAUCGAUUACAUACGCUGCCAUCUUCGGAUUGCGCUCAGACCUGAACCUGACCGGUGAAGAGUACAGCUGGUGUGUCUCGGUAUUCUACCUUGGCCAACUGCUAUCCAACUGGCCUGCCGCAUACCUCCUCGGCCGACUGCCGUUAAAGACCUUCAUCGGCUGCACUAUCGUUGUCUGGGGCGUGGCCUGCGUCUGUGUAGGUCUUCCCCAUAACUUUGGAGGGAUGAUGGCUGCACGAUUCUUUCUCGGUUUAACCGAAGGCGCCGUCUCUCCAGCCUUUGUCAUGCUGACAUCGGUCUGGUACAAGCGCCGAGAGCACCCUGUCCGCGUUGCCACUUGGGUAUCUAUGAAUGGCUUCGCUCAAAUCACCAACGCUCUCAUCAUGUUUGGGCUUGGCCGUGCCAAAUUUGCUAUCGAGUCCUGGCGGGUACUCUUCUAUCUCAUUGGCGGGCUGACUGUCACCUCUGGGCUACUGUUUUACUUCCUGCUCCCCGGGGAUACCACGACAGCAUGGUUUCUGACGCCUCGCCAACGAGAAAUCGCUACUAGGAGGCUCGCCAUAGAUCGCAGCACCCGCGAUCGCACGGACUUCAACCGAUCCCAGUUCAACGAAGCUUACAAAUCGCCCAUCACUUGGCUCUACGUGUCAAUGGCGCUUGGUAUCACUCUCACGACAGCCAUUAUCAAGGCAAGUAGACCCCCGCCUCAUCGUUGA